GAGUCCGCUGCGAAUCUGAAGCCAACUUCAGAGCGUUCGUUCGUCCAUUCCGUUGUAGCAGCAAAUCUCCAGCUAGCUGUCAUUACGCUGGUGUUUACCAGCCCUCUGUACCCAUAAUUGUCUCGGAAAACAUUAGCUCUUUAUCAGUAGAGCGCAUUUGAAGUGUUUUAUUGGACAGUGUACAAGAAGGCGGAAGUCUCCGCCCCUUUACAGAGGUAAACAAAAUAUACCUUCGUCAUCCCGGUAGGAGCUGCCGUGGCCCUGGCCGGAUUUGCUCGGCUGUAAAUGGAAAUAAGCCACUGUUGAGCAUGAAUUGUCGCUCGGAGGUCCUGGAGGUCACGGUGGAGGCUCGCCAGGUGGAGGAGGCCACGCUCGCCUUGCUGCACACCAUCCUGCUGCACCGCAGCACGGGCAAGUUUCACUACAAGAAGGAGGGCACCUACUCCAUCGGCACCGUGGGCACGCAGGACAUCGACUGCGACUUCAUCGACUUCACCUUCGUCAGGGUGUCCUCCGAGGAGCUGGACCGGGUGAUCAGGAAAGCGGUGUCUGAAUUCAAGGACGCCCUGAGCAGCGACGGCAUGGGGCAGAUCUCCCUGGAGUUCUACCAGAAGAAGAAGUCCCGCUGGCCCUUCUCCGACGAGUGCAUCCCCUGGGAGGUGUGGAGCAUCAAGGUCAGCGUGGUCAACCUGGCCAACGAGCAGGAGAGGCAGAUCUGCAGGGAGAAAGUGGGCGAGAAGCUCGGGGAGAAGGUGAUCAACGUGGUGGAGGUCAUAAACCGCCACGAGUACCUGCCCAAGAUGCCCACCCAGUCUGAAGUGGACAACGUUUUUGACACCAGUCUGAAAGACGUGCAGCCCUACCUGCACAAAAUCACGUACCAGAUCACGGAUUCUCUCGGGACCUCCGUGAGCACCACCAUGAGGAGGCUGAUAAAAGACACUCUGGCCUUGUGAGGGUCUUCUUCUUAGAUCACUAAAUAGUUGUGUUUUUUUUUUUGCUGUCAGCAACAGACAUGUCAGCUCUUCUGCUGCAGGUUUGAAGCAGCACCUGUUAUCACCGGUGUCAAUGUAAGAUGUGAUUCUGCACCGCUUCUGUUCAUUUGUCGAUCAUGCACUCUUUGGUUUUUGAAGAUCUGAAAUUGCACCUACGGUAGCCCGACAUCUGACAAAAAGCUGUAAAUGGUGGCAAAUUUCCUAAUAAAUGAUUGUCAUCAAACUGCACACACUGAGGAGGACAAACAGAAAAGGCUUGGUCUUGGUGCGAAUGAUGAAAGCUGACUUUGGGAAAAAAGGUUUCCUCACCGACGAGAGACAGAGAGAGAAAACAAGCUUCCUCUGCGUGCAUUUUCAUGGUGAGGGUGACCUUACAUGUAGGUUAGAACAGGAUUUCCAGUUUGUCUUUUUUUUUUUUUCCAAAUUAAAGCUAACGCAUCCUAAGUUCA